CGUGAACUGCAUGAGUGAGCCAUGGAUAUUGAGAACCGGGCCGCUCCACAAAUAUAAAACGAACUUACACACAAAUGGGACAGACAUAAUAGCUUUCUAAUCGCGUGGCGCUGGCAUAAAGCUCUCACUUUCAAUCAACAGGCAGUAGUGCUUUAUGUAGUUUCUGUGGGGAAAAGAAACCUGCACACAACCCAAACACGUUUUGAAUAGCGACCUUGAAUGUGGCCGUGUAUCACUUCCUGGUGUGGUGUUACAUGUGUUACUGGGUAUUCGUGACAGUAACAAAGCACCUGUUCAGCAGUAGAUAUGUCAUAAUGUUCCAUAGCCUCAACAUGAGGGUGGCUGCAUUGAAGAUAACACUCACAAUGUUGUGAUAUGUUAGCCUAUGUACAGUCAGGCACAAUGGGCUUUAUUUAGCUUCCAUGAACAAGCACAACUCAAACCGGUUCUGUAGUGUCUACCCGGGCUAUCACUAUGAAUCACUUCCUGGUGUGUUACUUGUUUGUGUCUGCAUAUCUCGACUGAUUAUUGGAAGUACAAGCAUGUCUAUGGGUGGUAUAUUUCCUGACACGGUGGCAUCAAUGGUUGUUAUGGCGUUAUUGGCUGGUGUGCAUCCGUGUGUGGGGACGGCAGCGCCUCCCCACCUGACCAGCUACCCUGAGGCUGCCACAGAUGGAGCAGACCUCACACUGUCAUGUACACCCGCACAGGGCAGGACAUUGAUAAGUGUCAGCUGGAACAGAAACAAUGUUUACAUAUUUGAUACAAGCAGUGAUGACGACGCAUCUGCUGCCAUACUCCACCCCCUCACCAUCUCACCCGAGUACCAGUCUGUGUCAGGACGUAUCAGUGUCAACUCCUCCCCCCAGCAGCACAAUGUGACUCUCAGGACCAACUCUCCACUCGACCAGGGAUCUGUGUGGAGGUGUCAGUCAGGACAACAGUUCAGCAAUAACCUCACUAUUGAAGUCAAAGAGUCUAUUCAAGGUACAAGCAGAGCCGAAGAGGCAUCGUCUCCAGGUCCUGUAUCAACCAGAGAGAGUACAACGUUGGCCACUGAAGAACAACAUACAGGUCCAUCGUCGACUGAUGACAAAGACAUGAUUACAACAAACCAAACAACGACAUCGACACAAAGUCCAUCCUCGAGUCAUGACAAAGAUAUGAUGACAACGAAGCAAACAGUGUCCACAAAAAGUCCAUCCUCGACUGAUGACAAAGACAUGACUACAACGAACCAAACAACGACAUCGACACAAACCCCUUUCAUUGAGACUGUUGGAUUCAUCUAUGUUGUUGCUGGAUCCGCGGGUGUGGUGAUUGUGGUUGUCAUCGUCAUCGUUGUGUUGCUGUGCAUACGAUCCAGACGGGAGGGUAAAUGCCAGACAGAUGACAAGACAGAGAAAGACAAUUGCGAAGAACGGGGACAUAACGAGGAAUCUGAGAGAGAGACGAUCGUGAUGGAGGAUAAUGAUUUGUAUCAUGGAUUUGUUGGAAUCAAGAACCAGAAGUCAGCAGAGAAACAGCAGGUGUCAGAUGUGUAUGCAAAGGUCAACAAGGUGAGGAAAACCCACAAUGCAACAGAAGUACAGAUCACUCUGAGUAUUGAAGACCUGUAUGCAAAACCCAACAAACAAGCUAGCGGAAAAAGGGAAGCAGCAUCCAAGGUUUCCUCAAACGAGAACGCGGAUGUCAACACCCCCGACUGAUCGAGACUUAGACCGGAUCAAGAGUAGAGGUCGUUGAGGAAUUCCACUCACGCGUGCACGGAGUUCUUCAUGUUUUAUAAUGCAUCGUCAUUACAGCUUUUACUCCUACGAGGAAUAUACAGACAGUUAAUCACACAGUUUGAUCAGAUGUAUUUUGUAUUUGUUUAUUUAUAACACCGUACCACGCAAUAUGUGGGCUAUAUAAGCCUGUAUUGAAUUGAAUCUGGACAAGAUACUCCUGUGAUUGAUAUUAUGAGCAACUUUCAACCUCUUUGCGGUUCUGUGACGCGCUAGCAACUCAGUCACCACUCCUGGCCACCCAUGUGAAUUGAUGGGCUCUGACGACCGGCAUAUGGACACCAACAGAUUGGUCCACAUGACCGGAGAAUAAAAAACUACCGUACAUUGUCACAAUGAUUAUCUCAGAUUGUCAAAGUUUUUCUGCUACUAUUUACAAGAAUACCAAAAGAAUAUAAUGUUAGCAAGGGUUGACAACGAUAUAAGAAUCUAUACCGAAACGUCUCCUUUACAGUAAACGGAAAUUGUUGUCCAUAAAUUAUCUCCACUUUGUCAUCCGUCAACUUUUAAGUAAUGUCUGUCAAACAACGCAUGUUUUCCUUAGAUUGUCAAAGUAUUUCUUUUACUAUUUACGAGAAUACCAAAAGAAUAUCCUAUGAGAAUAGAAUAUGUCAACAAUUCCACGAACGGUUAUUCACGUCUUUCAAAAAUACAGUGUACCUUGAAAGGAAUAGUGGGCAAUCAUCCAAACUGACCCACAAGGUUAAGCGAGUAAAGAAAUUCGGAAAAACGAAGCAAUGUCCCCAUUCCCUUGAAGUUCUUUGCAAGCAUGUGUUAUAACACAGCUUGUUGAGAUGUUUGCUUUAGGUGUAUUAUCUGUAAAUGUUAUAGCCUUAUACACGGUGUUACUCGUUUAUAUUUGCUGAUACCUGCUUAUUGAACUUCAUGUUUGUGGACAUGGCUUAACGAGUAACGAAAUACGGAUACAAGCAUUCGUUCGUUACAAGCAUGUGUUACUGCAGCAUUAGGAUACCUGCUGAGUCUCUGUGUUUCAUUUGCUAAUAUAUACAUACCUGCUUGUUGAACUACUUUCGUUGGGUGUAUUAUCUAAUGAUGUUAUUACCAUAUACAUGGAGUCACUGUUUUAUUUGCUAAUAUAUGUACCUGCUUGUUGAACUACUUGCGUUGUGUGUAUUAUCUAAUGAUGUUUUUACCAUAUACAUGGAGUCACCGUUUCAUUUGCUUAUAAUUUCACACUUUAAAGUUUACACUGUUUUGUCAUGCUGAUUGGCUGAAUGGGUAGUCACGUGAUCUGAUGAUUGGAGGUAACACUCCUGUGAACGGACCGAAAAGUUCACACAAUAUGAAUUUUUUGUGUGUGUGAAACUGAUCGUGUGAACUUUUGCCGGAACUACUUUCCAGGGAUUCCCCGAAUUCUCUCUCGGUUUUCACGGUCAACUCGUUAUUCUAUUUUCUUUUUAAUCCCUGCAUUUAUCAGGAAUAUAAUCGGUUAAGUAUUUUUGCCUUGUCUUGCACCAUUUCAUCUGACUUAAAAAUAAAUAAAUGCUUUGUU